ACACAGGCAUACAUACGUAACAGCUUCUGACAUUUGUCGGUGGUAUGUGUUUCACUUUAAAAUAAGUUCACUAAAUGAUCAAAUACAUUAUUCGUUUGAGUGUGUCUCUGUACAUAAUUAUGACAAAAUGUGAAUUUUAAUUUGAAACUAAGCCGGAAGCCAUGACAGUCACUGUUUGCUAGCGUGCAUCAUUAGCAACACAAGAAUGGGCUCGGCGUUGUAAAUAGCAAAAUGUUGUCGGGUUAACCUUAACAUUCUGAAGAAUAACUUAGUUUAAGCGCUGGACUGAAUGUAUCGAUGCGCUGCAGGAUAGUACAAGCCUUCUGAGUCGUUGUCGUUGAGGCAAGCGAUGAGUGCCGGAGGAAAGAGCCCACAUCCUGGGCCAUCAUGUCCACCACAUCCUGGGCCGUCAUGCCGAGGAAAGAGCCCACAUCCUAGGCCAUCAUGUCCACUGGUGCUCGCCAUCUUUCUGCUACUUUCCACAGACUGCAUGGUAGAAAGCUCCGCUGGACAUGACCCCUAUAAAAUCCUGGGUGUCAGCAGGAGUGCCAGUCAAGCUGAAAUUAAAAAGGCAUACAAGAACCUUGCUAAAGAAUGGCACCCAGAUAAAAAUAAAGACCCCAGCGCAGAGGACAUGUUCAUAACAAUUUCAAAGUCAUAUGGGAUUUUGUCCAACGAGGAGCGACGGGCCAACUUUGACCGCUAUGGGCAGAUGGAUGACAACCAGCCAUUUGGCCAGUCUCAUCAUCAAGGCUUCCGGAGCUUCCACAACGGCUUCUACUUUGAUGACUCUUUCUUUCAUUUCCCCAGGUCCAGGGACUUUGCAGAUAGCAAGUACCUGCUUCACCACGCUCAGUUUAACAGCGAUGUCCUUCCAGACAGCCACAAGAAGCCCUACCUCAUCAAAGUCACCUCAGAGUGGUGUUUUGCCUGCAUCCACAUGGAGCCUGUGUGGAAAGAGAUUGUGCAGGCUCUGGAGCCACUGGGUGUGGGCAUCGGCAUAGUGGACCUGGGUUAUGAGCGUCGUCUAGCCAACCAGCUGGGAGCUCACCGCGCUCCCUCAAUCAUCGGACUGCUGAACGGCAGAGUGACCUUUUUCCAUCAGGCAAUAGUUCCAGAUUACCUGCGACAUUUCAUUGAGGACCUCCUGCCAAAUAAACUGGUGCAAAAGAUUACUGAUGACAACUACCUGCACUUUCUGGAUAGCUGGCAUGUUGACAAUAAGCCCCGUGUUCUUUUGUUUGACCAAGUUGCCAACGUUCCUCUUGUAUACAAGUUAACAGCAUUUGCGUUCAGAGACUAUGUUAAUUUUGGCUACGUGGACCAAGGUGACACACACAACAUUCAGCUCUUGCAGAAGUUCAAUAUAAACUGGUACGCCCCCACCAUGCUGCUAUUUAAAGAAGAGACCCAAAAGCCAGUGGACAUCAUCCAGGCUCGAGGGAUGAAGAGGCAGAUCAUGGAGGAGUUUGUUUCCAACAACAAGUUCCUUCAGGUUCCUCGUCUGGUCAACCAGCAGCUGUUUGAUGAGCUGUGCCCUGUUAAGCAGUUCCACCGACGAAGGAAAUACUGUGUGCUGUUGAUCACCAGCGAGGACCAAGCUUUUCUCCCUGGAAACAAGGCCUUCCUGGACUUUGCCACGGCCAACAGAAAAGAGGUGCUGCGCUUUGCGUACGUCUACCAGCGUCAGCAGCAGCCCCUCUGCCAGGCUCUGCUUCCCAACCAGGACCUACUCUCCCCCCAGGUGUUGAUUCUUGAGAGGCGGAGCCCGGCUGGCAAGGUGCUGUACCGCUCUGUGAUUGGUGGCUGGAAUGGCAGUGAAGAGGACAAGUACCGCCUCCAUGAGCAUCUGGAGCUGGUUCAGAAGGACCCCACGUACCUGACCUCUGACACCACCCUGCCAGAGCUCAACAACGAGAUGGCCCCGAUGUUUCUCAUUCAGUGGAUAAAUGCUGCCCAUGAUUACGUCCUUCAACUUUAUGAUGACCUCCUCUACUCCAACUGGCGCGAGAUGAUGCCCAUCCUGUCCUUGAUCUUCUCAGCUCUCUUCAUUCUUUUCGGGACCGUCAUCAUCCAGGCCUUCAGUGAACCGGGUGAGAGUGAACCACGUAAACAAGCGCCAAAGGAGCAACCUCAAAGUGAGGACGACGCAUCCAACAGAAGCAACGCCUCAGGUCGUCCUCCCAAGAAGGACUUUGUGGAGGUGACAGAGCUGACAGACCUCACCUACACCAGUAACCUGCUCAAGCUGAGGCCCGGCCACAUCAACGUGGUUCUGGUGCUGACCCACGCCUCAAAGAACACCUUGCUACGCAAGUUUGCCAAGGAGGUCUUCUCUUUCUCUGGGACUCAGACCAUCCACUUCUCCUUCCUCAACGCGGACAAACACGGCCAUUGGAUGGCCGCCCUCCUCCACGGGGCCUCGGACACGGCCAGCAGCGGCUGCCAUUCUGACGAGGACGAGGAUCCCUGCGACUACACGGGCCACGUGUUGGCCCUCAACGGCUACAAAAAAUACUUUUGCCACUUCAGACCAGUCUUCACCGGAGAUGAUCCCCCCUCAGACACAUCUCUCUCCGCCAGCAGUAGAAAGUCCCGGUCCAGGUCCAGGUCCAGCUCAGACUCUCGCUCCCGAUCUCAUUCCAGAGAAGAGUCCAAGAGAGGCCGGGCCACGAGCAUCGAGGUACACCACAAGUUAGACCGUCUGGGACUGUGGAUGGAGAGGCUGAUGGAGGGCACUCUGCCCAGAAGGCAAGUGUCCUCCUGGCCUAACCUCCACAACCUCACCCCUUAGUGCUCUGUCCCCAGCUAUACAGCCACACCCACCACCACCAAAGAUUCUCUACAUGCAUAUUUACAUACCUUAAUUCUUUCCAAACGGUAACACGUCAGUAAAAUGGCUGAUCAAACAAAACAGAAGUCAUGGUCAUGGACCCACUAGCUGCGCAAGCUAGUUCUCCAAUCUCAUAAACAGACUCAAUAACUCCACGGUGAAUUUACCAAACUGAAACAAUACAAAAAGAAUGUCAUUGUAAGUUAAUACUAAGACAGACACUUGUAAACGUGUUAGCAUAUUAGCUAAUGCUAACAACGCUAGCUUGUUUACGUUACCAUAGCACGUACAAAUCUGCAUGGCUAGGGAUGUAAAAAAUAAAUAAAUAAAUAGAUUUUCGAAUGAAUCGUGAUUCUCAUUUAAUUAAUUUAAAAAAAUCAAAAAUCGAUUAAAAAAUAAUAAAUACAAAAAAAUCCAAACAUAUUUUCUUGUUGCUAAAUCUGUCCUGUCCAGCCACUUUAUUUCAUGUUUGGCAAGAAUUUCAUUAAACCAAACCCAUUUUCUUUUAUUAUAGAAAUGUAUCAGAGCUGGAAACAUGUAGUUUAUCAUAAAACUGGCAGCUAAUGUUAUUAAAAAAAAGUAUUGAUUUUAAAUGGAGAAUCGUUUGGACUCGAGAAUAGAUUCUGAAUCGAAUCGUGUGGUACCCAAUGAUCCCCGGCCCUAAUAAAAACACUCCUACAGACAUACUAACACAGACACUUGUAAACGUGUUAACAUAUGCUAACAAUGCUAGCAUCAUUACGUUACGUUAGCACGUGGAAGCAGUCCUACAGACAUCACAGGUGGGACACGUUAGGUGGUAAGAAUACAAACAUUGUUGGGAGUGAUGAAUGAAGAAUCCUUUCCAGCAGAAACACUAUGGACAGUUAUACUUCCAGUUCAAGACACGAAAGAGGAAGUACAUUUUCAACCGGCAGCGCCUGCAGUGAGCGAACUCGUCCAAAGGAUAGCGCCACGGCACAGACAAUAACACACAUUUUCAGUGUCUUUGUGUUAAAUUAAAACUAUUUAUUGAUCGAAUAAAAAUCCCUAAAUUAGCCGCACCAAAAAAGUAGUGGCUUAUAGUUGGGGAAAAUACAAGUUGUAUUUUUGCUUGUUCAGAGCUGGCGAUAGCCUGAAUUGCGAGUGGCAAGCACUAAGUUGUGUCCAACAUUGACUUUGCUCUGAUUUGCAUGAAGCAAUGAAGACAGGAAGUGAAGUUAGGACAAUGCUAACAACACGUCUAGUGAAUCAGCCACACCAUGGAGCUGUGCUUGAACAUGUUUGGAGGCAGAUGGUUCUAAAGCAUGGAACUAGAAACACGCGUAUAGUUAGCUUGCACUAGCUACUUAUUAGCGUUUGUCCCAGUCUGCUGAAGAAACAUUAACAAAACACUGUAACUCUUUUAUGGCAUUUAGUGCGCUUAUUUAUUGAAGUGUGUGCAUAUUGUUUUGAUAUUUGUUCUCCAUUCAACAAUAAAUAUUUGUUUUCUGUUGUC